AUGGUGGCCCCGUGGUGGUGGCCCCGUGGUGGUCGCUCCAGUGCGGUGACCCUGGUGGUGGUGUCCUCAUGGUGGCCCCCCCACCCACGGUGGCCCCAUGGUGGGCCCUUGCAGGAGGAGCGCUCAGCCCAGGCGACGCUGGCUGCCUGGCGUGAGUACCGGCAUGCUUGUGAGCUGCGCCUGCGCCUCGACCCCCCGGCACCUGGACCCGUCUGCAACCGCAGCUUUGACAUGUACGCCUGCUGGGGGGACGCGGCUCCCAACAGCACCAUCACCGUCCCCUGCCCAUGGUACCUGCCCUGGCACCACCGAGUGCAGGGUGGGGUGGUGGCUCGGCGCUGCGGACCUGACGGGCGGUGGGUGACAGACGAGACGGGGUGGCCCUGGCGGGACCAUUCGCAGUGUGAGGACCCGGCGCAGGAGCAGCUGCUGCAGGUGGGAACCCGGCGGCAGGCCUGGCUGCUGGAGCAGUUCCGUCUCCUCUACACCGUGGGAUACUCCCUCUCCCUCAUCGCCCUCCUCCUGGCACUGCUGCUGCUUCUGCUCUUCAGGCGCCUGCGUUGCACCCGCAACUUCAUCCACGCCAACCUCUUCCUGUCCUUCGUGCUGCGGGCGGGCGCCAUCCUGACACGGGAUGCGCUGCUCCAACGCCGACUGCGCCCCGGUCCCGGGCACCCCCUGCAGCUGCUGGGCCAGCAGGCAGUGACAGGGUGCCGGCUGGCCCAGGCUCUCACCCAGUACUGUGUGGGGGCUAACUACGGGUGGCUGCUGGCCGAAGGACUCUUCCUCCACAAGCUCCUGGUGCUGGCAGCCUUCUCCGGCGAGCGCUGCCUCCCUGCCUUCCUCCUCCUUGGCUGGGGAGGUCCCGUGCUCUUCGUGGUACCAUGGGUGGUGAUGAGGUACCUCUAUGAGAAUGAGGGGUGCUGGGAGAGGAACGAGAAGGCAGCAGUAUGGUGGAUAAUCCGCUGUCCCAUCCUGAUGGCUGUGGUGGUGAACUUCGUGGUGUUUGUGCGCAUCGUCCGCAUCUUGGUGGCCAAAGUCCGGGCGCAUCAGGUGUCCCGUGGGGACACCAGGGCUUGGGCACGGGCGCUGGCACCCCACGACGUCGGCAACGUCGGCAUCGUCGGCAGUGCCAUGCUGCCCUGA